AUGGUCACAACUCGAGGAACGGCUGGGGGCACUCGGUCAAAGGUCCAGCUUCUACCUGUUAAACCUUCCAAUGCCGCAAAGGCCGCCAAAGCCGCCAGAAUAAAAACCGAAAAGGAUGAAAAGAAGGCUGCGGCGGAUGCAGCGAAGCGGCUAAAGGAUGCGGAGAAGGCCGCAGCAAAGGCCGAUAAGGACGCAAAUAAGGCUGCAGCAAAGGCUGCGAAGGCCGCCAAUACCAAAAACAGCACAAAGGGCACGAAACGCACAAUUGUUGCGAAUACUAAAGCUCCCAAAGCUGCCAAAGCUCCCAAAGCUGCCAAAGCUCCCAAAGCUGUCAAAGCUCCCAAAGCUCCCAAAGCCCCCAAAGCUGCCAAAGCUGCCAAAGCUGCCAAAGCCACUAAAGCCACCAAAAUCACCAAAACCACCAAGAACACAAAGGCCACAAAGGGUAGAGCUAGAGCACCUGCCAUGAAGGCUUCAACAGAUCAAUCGGAUGAUGAGGACGAAGACGAAGAAAGCGAAGAAAGUGGAGAAUACUACGAUGAGCCACGCGCCAAGAGGCGCAAGGUUGAGACUCUGGCUUCUCCCGAUCUUUCUGUGCCAAUCGGCCCACCCAGAGUAAACCAUCCGGUUCUACAAAUCGGGGAUUGGAAGUACAUGAGGAAAACCGACAUCCCAGAAGGCGUGGAGAACGAUCUUAACAGACCUUUACCCUACGUCUAUAUUGGAGGCGCUGCACCACAUCCUCGUUGGGUGGUCACUCGAACCGAAAGGCUAAAAGUCCCAUCCAAACUACAUGUCUCAAAUUCCAAGUCGAGUAUCACGAGAGACUUCGGAGGUUUACAAUGGACGUUUGAAGAAGGAGACUUCAAGAAAUGGACCGGGCUAGGAUACCCGGCUCUUUUCGAACUUGCGUAUUUGUGUCUCGAAUAUACGCUCAGUGAUACGGAGAUCCGGGAGCAGAUCUAUGAAUCCCUAGUCCAGGGCCCCUUGCCCGAGGCCGUGGCCGUUGGUUACAAUUGGUACCCAGCUCUACCACCAAUUCCCCCCACAAGGCACUUUGCGACAGGAUCCUCCCAGCAAUCUAGUCGGAGACCAAGUGACUCGGGCUUUUACUUCAGUAACUUUGAUCGUCCAAAUAUGGCAGUCCAACCACGAAAUAAUCGCAUGGCACAACCGUACCUGCCUCACGUGCCUCCCAUUGUCUCCAAUCACCCGAGAUUAGAGGAAUGGCCAACUGGCCCGCGCUCUGCAAGUCCGGACCCGGAGAGCGAACGGGGCAGCAAAGAAAGUCAGUCAGGCGGGUCCAGAAAGUCGUCUAUGUCGGAGGACGCUUACCCGGAGCGAAUUACAGAGGGCACUUACUCGGAACUGAUAACCACCAAAUCUCUGAAAACCGACCAGAGUGGCAAGAAAGACAGCGAACAGGACAGCGAACAGGACAGCGAACAGGACAGCGAACAGGACAGCGAGCGGAAGAGCGAAGAAAGUCAGUCGGUGGAUUCCAGAAGGUCGUCUGUGACCCGGGAGUCCGACCUAGAACUAAAUCCAGAGGGUGUUUAUUCGGAACCGACAACCCCUGUACCUCUUGGAAAUGAUGGCAAAUUUGCACCAAAUGGUGAGUUCAAAUGUGCUUAG